AUGUUGGCCCGUACUUCGUGCCGACUUUCAAAGACUAUGGCCCGCAACAUCAGUAAUUCCGCCGCCGCGCGCGUGCAGCACCACGUGCCAACGACCUCUUCCUCGAGCGGGUCGAAUGGACCCCAAGUCUCGCAGACGGAGAAGGCGUGGUGCGACGUGUACGGCGUCGACUACGAGAAGCAGAUCCACGAGGCGCUGCAAGAGACGCCGGCAGUGCCCGAGAGCUCGUCGAAAGCCGUGGACUAUCCCACAGCGACGCCGAAGGGACUCGCCCAAGCGCAGCACAAAGUGGACAUUUGGAACGUCGUUUUUGGUACCAGUGGCGCCACUUGA